UCACUUUUUUUUUGUCGUCUCUGAGCGGAGCACUUGUUUUGUAAAUUACACACAGAGUGCUUGCUAAAAGCUUGAGAAGGAACGAUUCAGCUUGAGAGAAGGAACGAAUCAGCUUGAGAAUUGAGAUGACGUUGAUGAUACGGAGAUGGAGUUCUAGAAAAGCUUUGAAAUUUGUUCAGCCGGAGACAGGUACUAUGAGAAAUGCUUUACUCCUACAAAAUCUUGUUUUUUGCUGCGAACGAGACUUUUCUGGUUUCAGAGAUAGAAAUCUGUCUUACAGAGAGAAACUGAGAAGUGGGCUUGUAGAUAUUAAGCCAGAUGAUGCUUUCAAUCUCUUCCAAUCCAUGCUUCGGUCUCGUCCUCGUCCUAGUCUCGUUGAUUUCAGUAAAUUGUUUAGUGCUGUUGCCAGGACAAAGCAGUAUGAUCUUGCGUUAGAUCUCUGCAAGAAAAUGGAGUUGAAUGGGAUUGCACAUAGCAUCUACACUUUGAGUAUUAUGAUCAAUUGCUUCUGCCGACGCCGAAAACUAGGUUUUGCUUUUUCUGUUUUGGGGAAGAUCCUGAAACUUGGGUAUGAGCCUGACACUAUCACAUUUAACACUCUACUCAACGGCUUAUGUCUUCAGGGAAGAGUUCCCGAAGCGGUUGUGCUAGUUGAUCGAAUGGUAGAAAUGGGACAUACGCCCGAUCUCAUUACAAUCAGCACUUUGGUCAAUGGACUUUGUCUCAAUGGUAAAGUGUCUGAAGCUGUGGUUUCGAUCGAUCAGAUGGUGGCGAAUGGCUGUCAACCCGAUGAAGUUCCAUAUGGACCGGUUUUAAAUGUGAUGUGCAAGUCCGGGAAAACUGCAUUGGCCAUGGAGUUGCUCGAAAAGAUGGAAGAAAGAAAGAUCAAGCUCGAUACAGCCAAAUACAAUAUCAUCAUUGAUGGGCUUUGCAAAGACGGGAUCCUCGACGAUGCACUCAACCUUUUCAAUGAAAUGGAAGUGAAAGGGAUCAAAUCAAAUAUUAUUACCUACAACACUCUCAUUAGAGGCUUUUGUAAUGCUGGUAGAUGGGAUGAUGGUGCGCAGUUGCUGAGGGAUAUGAUCACAAGGAAUAUCACCCCCAACGUUGUCACAUUCAACGCCUUGAUUGAUAAUUUUGUGAAAGAGGGAAAACUUCUAGAGGCCGAAACAAUGCACAAUGAGAUGAUUCGACGAGGUAUAGCUCCUAAUACUAUUACAUACAAUUCUUUGAUAGAUGGGUUUUGCAAGGAGAACCGCCUUGAUGAGGCAAACCAGAUGCUGGACGUGAUGGUUAGCAAAGAGUGUGAUCCUAAUACUGUAACGUUUAAUAUCCUUAUCAAUGGUUAUUGUAAGGCUAAGCGGGUUGACGAUGGUUUGGAACUCUUCCGCAAAAUGUCUUUGAGAGGAGUGGUUGCUAAUACAAUCUCUUAUAGCAGUCUUAUCCAAGGGUUUUGUCAAUCGGGAAAACUUGAGGUCGCCAAAGAACUCUUCCAAGAGAUGGUUUCUCGUGGUGUUCCUCCUAAUAUUGUGACGUAUUCUAUUUUGCUGGAUGGUUUGUGUGACAGUGGAGAACUAAAAAAAGCAUUGGAAAUAUUUGAAAAAAUCCAGAAGAGUGAGAUGGAACUUGAUAUUGGUAUCUAUAACAUCAUCAUUCACGGGAUGUGCAAUGAUAGUAAGGUAGAUGAUGCUUGGGAUUUAUUCUGUAGUCUACCUCUUAGAGGAGUGAAGCCCGAUGUUAAGACAUACAACAUAAUGAUUGGAGGACUGUGUAAGAAAGGCUCACUACCUGAAGCGGACCUGUUGUUUAAAAAAAUGGAAGAGGAUGAGCAUGAGCCAGAUGGUUGUACUUACAACACACUAAUCCGAGCACAUCUCGGAGGUAGUGACAUAAAUACAUCAGCUGAAUUCAUUGAAGAAAUGAAAAGGGGAGGGUUCGCUGCUGAUGCUUCCACCAUAAAAAUGGUUAUCGAUAUGUUAUCUGAUGGUAGAUUGAACAAAAGCUUUUUGGAUAUGCUUUCUUAGAAUUUUGGUGUUUACAUCAUAUAAUCAAAGAUUCAGUUUUUAGUUUGACCAUUGAUUGUGGUGAGAGACUUAUAUAUAUUGGAAUGGUCAAUGCUCCUCCUGUUGAUCUGUCUAUUUUUGUCAGGUAAAUAAAAUGGAUAGUGCAGGCA